CGUCGAGGCGCAACGGUCUUCUGCGAAAACAGGCCAAAUCUACGAUUACGCAGAGACCUUGUGUGAUUCACCACACGCACGCGGACUGCGAUUUUCGGCGCGUCACACCUCGACAAAUGCACCUUCUCGCUCUAACUGCACCUGCUCUCUUCUCGUGACUUUGAAGAGCGAUCCAUCUGCUUCAACGUUUCUUUGCAACAAAACUUGUUAUAUCCGCUGCAAGCCCAAGCUGUAGGUACUGUCUGCAGUGCUGAGACCACGUGGUGCAUAGACGUAAGCUUUCUGCCUGGAGUCGAAAUUCCAUCACCUACAGCUCAACCGACCACAUCAGUGUAAGAAGCUCGGUCAACUAUGUCGUCUCCACGAAGAAUUGUCGUGCAGCUCCGCCCAGGUACAGACGGGGAUGCUACGCAUACGCCAAAAGCUGGCGUAUAUGAACAGCUGGAUCCACCGACCCUUUACCUCGAAAAGAUCGGGGACCAAUGGAUGCAAGCCCGUGGCGAAGCUCAGCCUGGAGUCAAAUAUACGUUGGAGAGUCUACCUGCGGGAUAUACGUUAUGGCAGCGUCCACGAUCUAAAGAUCCCAAGCAUCUCGACAAGUAUCUCUACGGGCAUCCUGGCAAAAAGGCUUUUGACUCACCGAACCGCUUCUUUCCCCAUUUCCAGCACCUCAUGGACAAUGGAGAUAGCAUGGGAUGCCCCUGCACGCUCUGCAGUGGCAGCUCCGGCGUGCUACCCAGCACGAAAGCGCGCAGCUCCAGCGUCGCUACAUCGAACGCCUCUUCGCGGCCUUCUUCGUCGCAGAGCUCAGCUCGGGCCUUCCCAGCCCCAGCACAAGCGCAUCUACAGCACCCAACUCAGCCAGAGCCAACCUUCCCAGCAUUCCGCCCUGUAGCUCAGCCCCCAACUACAUUCAUGCCGGCUCCAUCCAUGCAGUACAAGGGACGUCCAAAGCUAGUCAGUACUGGAAUGGAUACUACGCGCGUCGAUGAAGAGGGAAGUCCCGACGUGUAUCGAAACCUGAUCAACAAGCUUCGUCGACAUGAGAGAGUAGACGAAGCAAUCGAAGAGCCAUUCAGCAUGGACUGGAGGACCGAGCAAGAGCUGCUACCCGAGUUGCGGCGGAAGGUCAAUGAAAAUCCGCAAUGGGUACCGCGCGCCGGGGAUAUCGUGCUCUACGUUCGAGAUCUUCCGGACGACGUCCACAUUCUGCGGUAUCCUGUUAUAGGAGACUACAGGAUGUACGAUGAGAAGGAGAAGCAGUGGCUUGAUCAGCCAGUCUGGGAGGCGGGUCUGGUCAGCCAAACGCCAGCAGAAGAGGUCACGAUCAAUGAUGUGUGCGAAAACGGCCAGAAAGAACGUAAUGUCACUUACUCUGGUGUACGUGUAGAGCCCCUACCAGACGUCAACAGUACAGACAAGUCGCUUUCGAAGCGUCACAAGUACAUUCCCGUACGACACACACGCCCUUUCAUACUCUGGAAGCAUUUCCUACACCACCAUAAGAAGUUGCAUCCUACCAUCCUGAACGCGCAGACUAUCACAGCAACGAUGUCACUCACUGGCAAGUACCGCUUCACAGGCGUGUGGCCCGAAGCCUCCAUUUACUGUCGGGCCAUGUACCUCGGAUACGAGAUGCUUGCCGUGGGUGACGCCGUGCGCCUGCUCCCAAACGCUAGUCGCGGUCAGACCACGUCCACUGAUAUCUUGAUCAUCAAAUCGAUUCGUCUGAAAUGGUCAAACCUCGAUAGCGCAUCUGAAAACGAUUGGGAUGAGGGACGUCCUUACAACUCCGCAGUCUGGAUAUACGGCGCAGCGUACACGAGCGAUCCUUCUCGUCAGAACAAAGAGUGGUUCUCAGACUCUCAAUCAUCCCAAGCCGCGGAUGACUAUGGGGACUGGUACCCACUUCAUCCGCCUUCGAAGGAACUCGCGAUUCCUUACUCCCGCGUCAUCGGCCGGCUGUAUGAGCGAAAUGCAAUGGCCCUUUGGCUGAACAUCAAGUCCGGCGACUGCGACUUCCUCGACGCCGGACGGGAAGCCUUGGUCGAGUCUCGCGAUUUUGCUCGACAACACGACAUUCGUAUAUCGAGUCGUCCAGAUGCGAAGUGGCAUUGGGCUGACAGCCGUGCUCAAGCACUUGAUCUGCACACCGUCAACGGCCUCGAUGUCUCCUCGCACGACCAACUGCGCGAUCCCACGGAGUGGCGCAAGAAGAUCAAAAUCAUGGAAGGCUUGACCACCACCAAAGUCGUCCCUAUCGCGAAGCCCACCAGCGCACCUGGACUCACUAGCCGCAGCAUGCGAGGAUUCAUGGCACCCACGCUAUCCGACCUGCCCGUCCGCUCGCAGCUGUCACGCAUCAGCAACACAACGAGCGCAAGCAGCAGAGCCACGGGCUCUUCGACCGGUGGGAGCGCUGCAAUCAGACGCUCGCGGAAGCGCACGUCGCGGAUCGUGGUCCUCAGCAGCGAUGAAGAGAACGAGGAAGAUGACGCGAUCAACGAAGAGAUCCGCCAGGGCACUCGCAUCAUCGACGACGCUCCUGGCGUGCAGCCAAAGAAGGCUCGCGUCCAGGUCGCCAUCGGGCUGAAACAACAGCGCUGAGCAAACCCUGUAACGGAAUCGAUGAAGACGAAUAGAUUUGUAUGAUAGCGAGGCGCAAAAGUGACUUCAUGUGGGACUGGAGCACGGGGAGUAUCUUACGGCGAUAUCUUAUGGAAAGCGCGUUGUACGAAAGGCCGCACGAGGCAGACUUGUCGCGACUAUGCUGGUAUCAUGGCAAGCUGUGCGAGACAGCUGCACCACAAGUACGGCACGCGCUUGCUAGCAAGCUCACGGGGACCGACCAGAUAGAUAUCAUGUCUACCAAGUCGCCCCCUCCAACCUCUGCGAGAAGCACAGGUCGUAACGGGACUGUACGGCGAGGAACGGAAUGCUGCAGUAAGCGACAUGUGACUGCAGUGCGAAGGAUGGACAGAACAGACUUCACUCGGAUCAAAUGAAACAUCGUAAUUCAGAC